AUUUUUUUUAAAUUUAUAUGACUAUACAGUAUUUAAUAUCUCAUAUUGAAGAAAAUGCGCAUAUUGCCGAUAUAUAUGCACUUGCUGUAACUUCUGAAUUAGCAUUAACUAUUUCUGGUGAUUCUUAUUUGAAAAUUUGGGAUGUUGACUCACAUUAUCACCCACUUAUUCACACUUUUAAUCCAUCACAUAAAAUUGGUGGACAUAGUGUCACUAUUUCAAAAAGUGGUAAUGCUUUCAUAGCUGCAAGUUCCGGAUUUUUGGGUGAUAUUAUAAUAUGGGACCUUAAAGAAUUUAAAGAGAUUACACGUUUAGGGGAGAGUUUUAAUGAAACUAAGCUUGGUGAAGCUUGGACUGUUGCAUUAUCUCCUAAUGGGAAAAUACUAGCAACCACUUCUUAUAAAGGGUCUCUUAAUCUUCUAGACAUAUCAAGUAGAGAAAAUAUCCUUCAACUUGAAACUAGAGGUAAUUUUGGUAUAUGUAUUGAUUAUUCAAAAAAUGGAAAAUAUAUCGCUACAGGUCAUGAGAAAGGUGGUUUAUAUGUAUUUAGUGUUGAAAAAGGGAAAUUAUUGCAUUCUUUACAUGGACAUACAUCAACUAUUAGAUCUGUUUCAUUUUCUCCAUGUUCUACUUUUCUUGCUGCUGCUGGUGAUUCAAAAGUAAUUGCUUUGUAUGAUGUACAAUCGGGUGAACAAGUUGCAAACUUAACGGGACAUAAAGCAUGGAUUUUUUCUCUUGAUUGGAACAUCACAGGAGAAUAUCUUGUUAGCGGAGCAAUUGAUGGAACGACAAAAGUGUGGGAAAUAGAAAAAAAAGAAUGUGUUGGAACUCAAAAUCAUAGCCAAUGUGCAAUUUGGUGUGUAAAAUGGAUCAUAAAAAGAACGGGUGAAGGGUUUAUUAGUGUUGGCGCUGAUAAAGCUAUUCGAUGGUAUAGAGUGGCUGCUGCUGAAUAA